ACAACAGCAAAAAGAUCGAGCAAAAAUAAAUAAAAUAUCCAUUAAACAAACCUCUAUACUCUAUCCUUCCAUUUUCAUCGUCUUCCAAACCCUCACUUUGCGCACGGAAAAUGGCGUCGGCGAGUGCUUUCACAGCUCAGAUUUCGAACUUCAAUGGAGGAGCGUCAUCUGAUAGAAAAACGUUCAUUACUUUGUCAUCCUCUUCAUCAUCCUAUUCCCAAAAACUAAGCUUAAAACCAAAUUCAGUUGGUAUGAGGACCCUAUCUCACUCUCAUCAUCAAAAGCUUGUUGAUAAUCGCCCAUCUCUUCGCGUAUUUGCCCUAUUUGGAGGAAAGAAAGAUGGUGACAAGGAUGAUGGAAAGGCAGGUGUGUUUGGAAACAUGCAAAAUCUAUACGAGACUGUAAAGAAGGCACAAAUGGUUGUCCAGGUUGAAGCAGUGAAAGUGCAAAAAGAACUUGCAGUAGCUGAGUUUGAUGGUUAUUGUGAAGGUGAACUAGUAAAGGUCACUCUCUCUGGGAAUCAGCAACCUGUACGCACAGAAAUUACAGAGGCUGCAAUGGAAUUGGGGUCAGAAAAACUGUCACUUCUGAUUACAGAAGCAUAUAGAGAUGCGCAUCAAAAAAGUGUCCAGGCCAUGAAAGCACGAAUGGGCGAUCUUGCGCAGAGCUUAGGAAUGCCCCAAGGUUUGGGUGAUCAACUAACUGUGCCAAAAGGUUUGUUAUGGGGUAUUCAGAUAAAAAAAGCAGUUUGUUGAAUGAAGAAAAGAAAAUGACAUGGACAAUCAAGAAAGUUUAAAUAUGAAAGAGAUGUAAAGGAACGAAAA